AAAGAGAACCAGUGGAUGGGUGUGACGGUGAAGAGCCAGGGACCUGGGGGGAAGAUUGUGACGUGUGCUCACCGUUACCAGCGCCGUGUGCUUGACUCACACGACAUCACUGGCCGCUGCUACGUCCUGAGUCAGGACCUGACGAUAGACAGCCAAUCGGAUGAGGAUGGUGGAGACUGGAAGUUCUGUGAAGGUCGACCCAGGAGCCAUGAGAGGUUUGGGGUGUGUCAGCAGGGUGUGUCUGCCACCUUCACAAAGGACUAUCACUACAUAGUGUUUGGAGCCCCCGGAGCCUACAACUGGAAAGGCAUUGUGCGGGCAGAGCAAAAGAACGCGACAUUGCUAGAGAUGGGUAUGUAUGAUGACGGGCCAUAUGAAGUAGGAGAUGAGAACCGUCUGGACCCAAAUCUGGUGCCUGUACCUGCCAACAGUUACUUAGGGUUCUCCGUGGACUCAGGUCACAGUAUCACUGAGAGAGGCAAGCUGACCGUGGUGUCAGGAGCACCGCGAGCCAAUCACAGCGGAGCAGUGGUCUUCCUGAGGAAAGAGGGCGUGUCCACCACUAUGCUGUCUCCAGAGUACAUUCUAGAAGGGCCCGGACUGGCCUCCUCCUUCGGUUAUGACGUCGCCGUAGUGGAUCUGAACAGAGACGGGUGGCAGGAUGUUGUGGUUGGAGCCCCUCAGUUUUUCCUGAGAGAUGGAGGGGUGGGUGGUGCAGUGUAUGUCUACAUUAACCAGGCUGGGAACUGGGACAGCGUCACUCCCAUUCGUCUGAAUGGAACCAAAGACUCCAUGUUUGGACUGGCUGUGGAGAACAUCGGGGACAUCAAUCAGGAUUCUUUUGAAGACAUUGCCGUGGGAGCUCCAUAUGCGGACUCUGGCUGGGGGAGAGUGUAUGUGUACCACGGCACGGCACUGGGCAUCAACACCAAACCAGCACAGAUUCUGGAAGGAAAGCAGCAUAAUGUCCGUACCUUUGGCUAUUCCCUGGCUGGGAAAAUGGACUUGGAUGAGAAUUCCUACCCGGAUCUGGCUGUUGGCUCUCUCUCAGAUGCUGUGUUUAUUUACAGGGCAAGGCCUGUUGUCAGCAUUAAGAUGGAAGUCAAGGUCACCCCAAAGGAAAUUGACCUAACCAAGAAGACCUGCGGCAACAGUAUCUGCUUGACAGUAGAGGCCUGUUUUAGCUACGAGGCCAAACCUUCAUCCUACAGCCCCAGGCUGACAAUUUCCUGCAUGUUUGAGGUGGAAUCGUACCGUAGAAGUCAGGCUUUGCCUUCCCGAGUAACAUUCCUGGAUAAGAGGGAGACAGAUCAGGAAUUCCAGCACACAGGGAGCAAGGAUCUGCGUGGCCAGAGGAGGAGAGCGUGCUACGAUACGCAACUCAAACUACAGGAGAACAUAAAGGACAAACUCCGUGUCAUUCCCAUUGAGGUCUCUGUGGCCAUUCAGGGGCCGCGGCAGGGGGCCAAACAGGGCUCCCUGUCCCCACUCCAGCCUGUCCUGGACUCCACACAGCCAAACAAGGUCACGACUGAGGUAAACUUUCUGAAGGAGGGAUGUGGAACCGAUAACGUUUGCCAGAGUAACCUCCAGCUGAAGUACAGGUUCUGCUACAGAGAGACCAAAGAGUCCAACCAGGACGUUUUCCGUCCAUUACCAGUGGAGAAUGGAGUACCGGUCAUCUCUCUCAGCGACCAGAGGGCCAUCGCCCUGGAGGUGAACGUGACCAACCGCCACGGAGACGACGCCCACGAAGCCAAACUGGUGGGCGUGUUCCCUGACUCUCUCUCCUACUCUGGCCACCGGUCUCUGAGGACUACAGACAAGCAGGUGAUCUGUACAGCCAAUCGAAAUGGUUCCCAGGCAGAAUGUGAGUUGGGGAACCCAUUCAGGAGAGAUUCUGAGGUGACUUUUUACAUCAUCCUGAGCACGGCUGGUAUUUCACUGAACACCACAGAAGUUGAAAUCAGUCUUCAGCUGGAGACGACCAGCCAGCAGGAGGCGCUGGGGAGCGUGAAGGCCAGAGCCAAUGUAGUCAUUGAGCUUCUGCUUUCUGUCCAAGGUUUUGCGAAGCCCUCUCAAGUGAAUUUUGGAGGAGAAAUAAAGGGAGAAAGUGCCAUGAAGUCUGAGAGUGAAGUUGGGAGUUUGAUUGAAUAUGACUUUAGAGUAACAAAUUUAGGGAAGUCUUUGAAGUCUGUUGGCACAGCGUUUCUGAACAUCAUGUGGCCAAAGGAGACUAAAGUGGGCAAGUGGCUGUUGUAUCUGGUAAAGAUUAACGCAGAAAACCUGGAGGAGAUCACCUGCUCUCCUGAGACUGAGAUCAACCCUCUAAACCUCAGCCAGGAAUCUUCACCAGUGAGAAGAAAACGUGAAACCAAGGAUCCGAGAGCAUCAGAGGGAAGCAGAAUCUCACUUUUCCCAGAGCAGAAAAAACACCGAACCCUGAGCUGUCCGGAUGAGGCCAGAUGUGUGCAGAUAAGGUGCCCUCUACAGGGACUGGACCGUACUGCAGCCGUCAUUCUCCGCGCUCGUCUAUGGAACUCUACUUUCCUGGAAGACUAUGCAUCUUUUCACUACCUUGACUUGACAGUGAAGGCCUGGCUGAGCCUUGAUGUGUCUGCCAGGAACAUUGUGCUCAAAAACCAUGGGACUCAGGUUAAUAUCCGGGUGUUUCCUGAGAUCACCCUUGCUCAGUUCGGAGGUGUGCCGUGGUGGAUUAUUCUUGUGGCCGUGUUAGCAGGGAUGCUGAUGUUAGGGCUCCUGGUCUUCCUCCUCUGGAAGUGUGGAUUUUUCAAGCGCUCCAGGGAAAACGACAGUGUGCCUAAAUAUCAUGCCGUGCGGAUAAGGAAAGACACUCAGCAGUUUGAAGAGGGGAACGUCCAGCGCGACCCUCUGAGGAGGAAGCAGUGGAAGACGACGUGGAUGGAGAAUGAGUCGUACUCAUGA